AUGGAGGUAUUUAAUGACCUUUAUGUAGCUAUUGUAAACACAUUAGAUGAAAUGAAUUUAAAUUUAAAUCAUGUUUGUAAUGCUGACACAUCCUCUAAAGCUCUUCCUUUUUUAAAAGUCCUAACCUCAUUUGAUUUCAUGGCUACAUUUAUGAUCACUAAAAAUAUUUUUUUGAUGACUUUACAAGUAACUGAGCUUUUACAAAGCAGAGCAAAUGAUAUCAUGGAUGGUAUACAUAUGAUAGAUGCUCUCAAGUCUCGUACUACCAUGGUUAGAAACAACAUUGACUACUACCAUGAAAAGUGGUACAAAGAAGCUUCUGAUCUUGCUAAGGAACUACAUGUUACUGAGGCAAGUCCUCGAACCUCGGGUAUAACACUUUUUAGAUCCAACACACCAUCAGAAAAUCCUUCUGAUCAUUAUAAAAGGAAUAUUACAAUACCUAUGUUGGAUCAUUUACAUUCCGAACUUACUGGCAGGUUUGAAGAAAAAGCAUUGUCUUGCUAUAGUUGGCUAGCUAUUCUCCCAGAAAAAAUGCUGAGUCUUAUCAAAGAAAAUGUAGAUUGGAAAAAAAGGUUCAAUGCUUUCUUUCAAUUCUAUCUAGAAGACUUGCCCAAUGUUCAAUCUAUCGAACAUGAAUUGGAACUUUGGGAAAUUUACUGGAAAUCAUAUGAAGGGCCUAUACCUAACAACAUUUCCUCCACAUUGAAAUCUGUCAAUUUUACUGGGUUUGAAAAUGUAAAAGUGGCCUUGAGAAUUUUAGCCACUUUACCUGUGACUUCUUGCGAGUGUGAAAGGACAUUUUCAGCCAUGAAGAGGUUAAAAACAUUUACUCGCACAACCAUGGACUCAGAUAGACUAAAUGGCUUAGCCUUAAUGCAUGUACAUCAAAACAUCAUUCCUAAUAUUUCUGAUGUUAUUGAGAAAUUUUCAUUGAAAAAUAGACGAUUAAACUUUAAGUGA